UCGAGUUUCGCCGGGUGCGUCCACACUAUUUUCUUUCUUUUCGUUUCCCGAAACGUGAACACACGCGGAUUUCGCUGGGCGGAUUUUGAAAUCGAUAAAUAAGCCGGCAAGAUGACCAAGAAGCGCCGUAACGGAGGACGCAACAAGCACAACCGCGGCCAUGUGAAGCCCGUGCGUUGCACCAACUGCGCCCGCUGCGUGCCCAAGGACAAGGCGAUCAAGAAGUUCGUCAUCCGCAACAUCGUGGAGGCUGCCGCCGUCCGUGACAUCACCGAGGCCAGCAUCUGGGACUCCUACGUCCUGCCCAAGCUCUACGCGAAGCUCCACUACUGCGUGUCCUGCGCAAUCCACUCCAAAGUGGUGCGUAACCGUUCCCGCGAGGCUCGCCGCAUCCGCACGCCCCCACUGCGCUCCUUCCCCAAGGACAUGGCCCGCAACAACCAGAACAGGAAGUAGAUAUUGUCCACAGCCGAGGAGCACUGGGUGCACCACUGACAUCUGUGUAUGGAGUCCACCAUCUAGCCGGUUUCUUGUAUCCGUACACUCGACUCGGAUCAAGACAAAGCCAAGAUAAGACGACGAAAUAUAGCAUCCAGUUCUUUUUUAAUUUCAAAUAAACAGCGUGCUUCAUUGGGAAACAGCUACUACUUAAAAAAUA